AUGAAUGAAUGGCGUGAAGCGAUCAAACAAAAGUUCAAAAAUAAACGUCGUCUUCUACAAGAAACAUCAGCAAUUGUCAAAACUAAACAGGAAAAAUUUGGGAAAGGGCAAGGACGUCCUCCGAAGAAAAGUAAAGCAGAAUCGGCUGAACGUAAAAUUGAAAAGCUUAUUUAUGUCGGUGAUUUUAAUGAAUUAAAACCGCUUAUCGGUUAA